GUUAAGUAGAAUAACGUCGUGGAGGUGGGAAUCUGUACAUGAGCAUUCAGGUUGUAAUUGUUACGACAUUAUUAUCAAGAUGAAAGGAACAAUUAUUCUGAUCCUCCUAAUCCAAUGUUUUGUCGCGUAUGGAAAACCCCGUUCUCAAAGGCUGGUGAAAAGACAAAUUAAUCCAAGUUUUAAUUUAGCAGCAUACCUCCAAGAACAGUUAAACCUUCACAAUCACUACCGACAGCUUCAUGGAGUGCCGCCAUUAGUUUUAGAUCCUGUAUUGACGAAAGAGGCGCAAAAUUACGCUGAUAAUUUGAAAACAGAUAAUGUGUUUCAACACUGUGGUGCCACCGUAUGCAAUCCAAGUGGAGCAGGAGAGAGCCUGGCCAAUGUGCUCAAUGCUACUGAACUCUGGUAUAAUGAAGUCCACGAUUAUAACUAUUGCUCAUUUCCGCAAGGAAGAGCAACAACUAGACCUGGUAGUGAAGGAAAGAUGAUAUUUCAUUUCACUCAGGUUGUGUGGGCAACAACCAGAAAGCUAGGAAUAGGUUUUGCAAAGAGUGCAGAUGGAAAGAAAACCUACGUUGUUGCUCGAUAUACACCGGCUGGAAACUUCUUCGGACAGUUUAAGGAGAAUGUACCCAUAGCAGCAUAUCUAACCAGCAAAUACCAACCAAACUGUAAUGGUGUGAGUGGCGGAUUAGGAGAAUGGUCUCAGCCAGGAAGCUGUUCUAAGUCAUGUGGCAAAGGAAUACGAUACCAAACGAGAUCUUGCAACAAUCCAAAGCCAUCUUAUAAUGGUAGAGAUUGUUCAGGAGUAACUAAAAGAAUCCAUCCGUUUUGGUGUAACUCACAGGCUUGUGCGGUAACAGUUAACGAGAGAGCAGAGGAGUGUAAAGCAAAAGGAUAUUCAGCACUCUCUUACAACUUUGGCGGAGCGCACGAUUGCACGUUAUUUUGCCUGGAGCCAAAUUUGAGCAACUUUUACUAUCCAAGGGGCAAAGUCAGCGAUGGUACACUUUGUAAGGACGGCAGAGGCGCGUGCAUUGACGGAGUAUGCGCUGUACUUGGCGAUGAGCCUACCACACCAGCCCCUGCCACAACCUCGCCUCCUGUCAUCACCCAAGCCCCUGCAACAAACGGACCUGGGACAACACAAGGCCCAACUAACCAACCAGCAGCAGGUUUAUCGACAACUCCACCUCCAACUACACCAGCCUUGACCACCACCCAACCUCCUACAACAACGAGCCCGCCGACAACACCACCUACAACUUUCCCACCUCUCCUGGUCAAUGGUGGUUAUUCAGAAUGGUCAAAACCAGGUCUUUGUUCAAGAACUUGUGGCGGAGGUGUUAGAUUUAGGACGAGAACAUGCUUAGUUCCACAAAACAGAGGAGGUUGUGUGGGUCCUGCAAGAGAGGCUUACAAAGUAUGGUGUAAUGCACAGCCAUGCGAUCCUCCUAUACCACAACGCAAUUCGCAGUGCCAAUUGAGAGGGCAUGAACCUGAGGGACACAAUUUUGGUGGUGUUGAUGAAUGCUAUUUAUAUUGUCGAGAUUCACAAUCUGGUUACUUCUUCUACCGUGGAACAGUUGAGUUGGGAACACCUUGCAAUAAGAGCGCUGGUGCUUGUGUUGAUAACGUAUGCGUACCCAUGGCGUACGAACCAGGCACGGUAAUUUCAGGCAUCUAUACGAAUGUCCCUUCAAGUGAAUACUGGAAAAAUAUAAUCGUCGCGGUUCCCAAUGGCGCUACAAACGUCCAGAUUAUUCAUAACAACCAUGAUGCAGAAGCUGUGGUUGGAUAUCGUUCAAACACAGCGUAUGGUUAUGAUGCAUCAAGUGUGGUUAAAGGAGUACGGGUCAGAUACCAUAUCAACUCAGACAUCACGAUAGAUGGUCCUGUUCGACCGACACCGGGACACCAAAUAAUAGUGUACGCUCUUGGUGAAACUCAAGCAGACAUCGUCUUCAGGUACACUCCUCCAGCAGUCAGCUUCGUAUAAGAAACAUGUUUUCUAUUUCCUAACUCUAAUCCUCAGCCAAACUGUAUUUGGUUAUCCCAUUUUGGUUGUGUGAAAGAAGCUAGGAAAGCAAUAUGGGUUCAAAUAUAUAAAGUGUACUCUUAAUUCUUAGUACGAGAGCUUUUAUAUAAUAAUGUAUGCAAAU